UUGUAAAUGAGCUCAUAAACUUCCUUCAAACCGAUGCAAAUACGAAGAAGAAGAAUAAUAAUAAAAUAAAACCACUCGAAAAUUCCUGCUUUGCCUCUCUCCCGAAUUUCGGAAGACGUUUCCAGAAGGACGAGCAUCUCUCCAGACACCUCUAGCACCACCUGACCUCAAACUCUAUAAAACCCCACACUAAUUCCCAACAUUAAACUGAUUAAAUUCAUAAAUAUAUAAAAAGCAAAAAUCCUACCAAAAGCCUUCUCCGUGUCUCCACAAAAGCGUUCCCGCAGAGGCUUCUUUCCCCUUCUUCUUCUGUCUCCCGUUACUCUCCCUCUCAUUCACUCUUCUUCACCGAGACAGGCCAUCAUCCACCACCAUUUCUUUUCCAGCACAUUAUACCUUGCAAACAUACUCACUGUGUUCAACAUCAUCCCAGGAACCUGUUUCAUGUGUUGGCUGCUCGAGUUUACCUUGGGAUCAAAUAAAUCAAGAACUUCCAUCUGAGCCGUCACUUUGCAGGUCAAGUUCCCGUAUAUUCUGACCAAGUUUGUCCAGUUUCUGGCGAACCCGUGACCUUCCAGACCAUUUUCCAGCCAAACUAAGGCGAUUUAGUCAUCGAAAAAGGUACCAAUCUGUUCGUCUCAUUCCAAGAUAUGAUUUUAGUUUUUGAAUCACUCGAUUUCGUUGAGUAUUGACAAAGUUAUGGACGUUUAAAGUUUGCCCAGAAAUUCCGGCGAGUUACCAGUAUUCCCGCGGACAGUCGUCUUUCAGGCCAUUUUCCGGCCACCUCCGGCCACCAUUUGGGUGUCAAGCAGGCGACGAUCGGACGUGGACGUCUCAAUAUUCGAGCUAGGGAUUCGUAGUGCAGGCUCCAGAUUUAAAAUUCUGCAAGGAUGAGCGUGGUUGGAUUUGAUUUUGGAAACGAGAGCUGCAUUGUUGCCGUAGCCAGGCAGAGGGGUAUUGACAUUGUGCUUAAUGAUGAGUCCAAACGUGAAACUCCAGCCCUUGUUUGUUUCGGUGAGAAGCAGCGGUUUAUUGGGACUGCUGGGGCUGCUUCAGCAUUGAUGAACCCUAAGAACACUAUUUCCCAGAUUAAACGAAUGAUUGGUAAGCAAUUCUCGAAUCCUGUGUUGCAGAGGGAUAUCAAGUCAUUACCUUUUGUUGUUUCUGAAGGGCCUGAUGGAUAUCCAUUGAUUCAUGCCCAUUAUUUGGGAGAAGAAAAGACAUUUACACCUACCCAAGUUCUUGGAAUGUUGUUCUCUAAUCUGAAAAUCAUAGCUGAGAAGAAUCUCAAUGCUUCUGUUGUCGAUUGCUGUAUUGGGAUUCCAGUUUAUUUCACUGAUCUCCAAAGAAGAGCUGUUAUGGAUGCAGCAAAAAUUGCUGGAUUGAACCCUCUUCGCUUGUUCCAUGAAACUACAGCGACUGCCUUAGCUUAUGGUAUUUACAAGACGGAUUUACCAGAAAAUGAACAAUUGAAUGUUGCCUUUGUUGAUAUUGGGCAUGCUAGCAUGCAAGUCUGCAUUGCUGGUUUUAAGAAGGGGCAGUUGAAAAUAUUGGCUCAUUCCUUUGACCAGUCUUUGGGAGGUAGGGACUUUGAUGAAGCACUGUUCCACCACUUUGCAGCUAAAUUCAAGCAAGAGUACAAGAUUGAUGUGUUCCAGAAUGCAAGGGCUUGCCUUCGUCUUCGUACUGCUUGUGAGAAGCUGAAGAAGGUGCUUAGUGCAAAUCCCGAGGCACCUUUGAAUAUAGAGUGUUUAAUGGAAGAGAAGGAUGUUAGGGGAUUCAUAAAGCGAGAUGAAUUUGAGCAAAUUAGUAUUCCCAUUUUGGAGCGUGUGAAUGGACCUUUGGAGAAGGCCCUUCUUGAUGCACAACUUUCAAUAGAGAACAUUCAUACGGUUGAGGUUGUUGGUUCAGGCUCUCGAGUUCUUGCUAUAAUCAAGAUAUUGACAGAUUUCUUCAAAAAGGAGCCUAGGCGAACUAUGAAUGCAAGUGAAUGCGUUGCUAGGGGUUGUGCUUUGCAAUGUGCAAUUCUUAGUCCGACAUUCAAAGUUAGAGAGUUUCAGGUGAAUGAAAGUUUCCCAUUUUCGAUUUCUUUGUCUUGGAAAGGUUCGAGUCCUGACGCCCAGAACGGAGCAGUUGAGAACAACCAAAGUACAAUUGUUUUCCCCAAAGGAAAUCCUAUUCCAAGUAUCAAGGCCCUUACAUUUUACAGAUCGAGCACGUUUUCAGUUGAUGUUCAAUAUGCUGAUGUUAGUGAUUUACAGGCACCUGCAAAGAUCAGCACAUAUACGAUUGGUCCUUUCCAGUCUACUAAAAGUGAGCGGGCAAAACUAAAGGUCAAAGCUCGCCUGAAUUUGCAUGGGAUAGUGUCUAUAGACUCGGCAACUCUUGUGGAAGAAGAAGUUGAGGUUCCUGUCGCAAAAGAGCAAACAAAUGAGCCUGCUAAAAUGGAGACUGAUGAGGCCCCCAGUGAUACGGCUCCCCUAAGUACUAAUGAGACUGAUGUGAACAUGCAAGAUGCUAAGGACACUGCUGAUGCUCCAGGUGCUGAAAAUGGUGUUCCUGAGUCAGGGGACAAGCCUAUGAAAAUGGAAACUGAUGCGAAGGCUGAUGCUAAAAAGAUAAAGGUAAAGAAAACAAAUAUUCCUGUGACAGAGUUGGUUUAUGGAGGGAUGCCUCCAAAUGAAGUGCAGAAGGCAAUUGAGAAGGAGUUUGAGAUGGCCUUACAAGACCGUGUUAUGGAAGAAACAAAAGACAAGAAAAAUGUUGUCGAGGCCUAUGUCUAUGACAUGAGAAACAAGCUCAAUGACAAGUAUCAGGAGUUUGUCACUAAACCGGAGAAGGAAGCAUUUAUUGCUAAACUUCAAGAGGUGGAGGAUUGGCUGUAUGAAGAUGGUGAAGAUGAAACCAAAGGAGUGUACAUUGCCAAGCUUGAGGAACUCAAGAAGCAAGGUGAUCCCAUUGAAGAACGGGUCAAGGAACACACGGAGAGGGGAACAAUGAUUGAUCAACUUGCUUACUGUGUUAAUAGUUACAGAGAAGCUGCAACAUCGAGUGACGCAAAAUUUGAACACAUUGAUAUUACUGAUAAACAGAAGGUAUUAAAUGAGUGUGUUGAAGCUGAGGCCUGGUUAAGAGAGAAGAAGCAACAACAAGAUGCACUCCCCAAACAUGCCAACCCAGUACUCUUAUCAGCUGAUGUGAGGCGGAAGGCUGAAGCAGUUGAUAGGUUUUGCAAACCGAUAAUGACGAAACCUAAACCUGCACUAACCAAGCCAGCUGCCCCUGAAAGUCCACCAACCCCACCUUCUCAGGAAAAUGAGCAACCUCAUGGCAAAGAUGCUGGCCCCAUGGGGAAUCCUGCUGACAACAACAAUGAGGCUCCACAUGCUUCUACAGAACCAAUGGAAACCGACAAGCCAGAAGCUCCCUAAAGUUCUGUGUAGUUCUGUAGAGUAUCUGUGUUUCUAUCGUUUCUUAUGGCUAGGAUUUGAUUCAUAAGUGUGAAACAGUUUCAAUUUGAGCCUUAAAACACAGUUUGGACGCCGAUGGGGAGGUCUGUGGUGUGUUUAAUGGAUGACAUACUUCUAGGAGUCUAUCUAUAAAGCCUUUUAUGUGCUUGUGGUC